AUGAGGUUCGGUUCAAAGCAGUCGCCCUUGUUGCUGCUGCUGGUGCCUUCGCUUGUCGGUGCGCUCAGCGAUCCCAUCCCAGACACUGGAAGCCGUUCAAACGUGGCAGCGGCCGCUGGUGAUGCCAUUGAGCCGGCCGUCGGCGUCGAUAUCAACGCUCGACGUGGCGGCCCCACCAAGGACGCGCCGGUUGAUGGCAAGGAUGGCAAGCCGCACCUGGGUCCCUUUGUGGGCACAGAAGGAGCCUCUGGCUCUGGUAGCAGUGGCAGCGGCAGCGGCAGCGGCAGUGGAAGUGGAAGUGGAAGUGGAAGCGGCAGCGGCAGCAGCAGCCUCUCGGACGACAGCCACCCUCCGCUGAGGGGCCGGCCGGAGGACUACACAGUCAUGGACGGCAAGAAGAUACCCGAGACCAAUGACGGCGUCAUGUUCGACAAGAACCGCGAGCGCCCGCAGGAGGGCACCACGGGGACGACAGGCGGCGUCUCGGAGAAGGACAAGACACGCAAGGCUCGCGAGGGCCAGGUGGGUGGCAGGCUGCAGGCGCAACCAGAGUCGCCUAAGGAGAUGCCUCCUCUGCCGCACAGCGAAGAGCGCAAGCUGCAAUCGUCCAACAAGGAAGACAGCUCGUCCAAGUCGACACAUGGGACCGACGACUCCGGGAGCUCGGGGUACACCGGUCUUGACAAGCCGGACGGACUCCCCAGUAAACCGGGAUCGCGACCCCCCCUACCCGACUCAGCCAACAAGGACCACCUUGACACGUCGACGUCCUCGUCGAAGACGGGCCACGGGCACAGCGACGAAGCUGAGGAGGGAAUAAUCCAGCCCUUUCAUUCCUUCGUCCUGUCCUUCACCAUGAUUCUCGUCUCCGAGGUUGGCGACAAGACGUUUCUGGUAGCGGCGCUGAUGGCUAUGAAGCACGACCGCAUGGUAGUCUUCACGGCUGCCUUUGGCGCGCUGCUGGUCAUGACGGUCCUGUCGGCACUCUUGGGCCACACGGUGCCCGCACUGAUCCCCCGACGCCUUACGAGCUUCCUCGCCGCCACGCUCUUCUUCGUCUUUGGCGGUCGUCUGCUCAAGGAGGGCAUAGAGAUGGACCCCAACGAGGGCGUGUCGGCGGAGAUGACCGAGGUGGAGCAGGAGCUCGCCGAGAAGGAGAAGGAGCAGCUGGGGCGCAACAACAGCCGCGGCGCCGAUCCGUACGCCCUUGAGAUGGGUCUCGGCGGAGGAGGAGGCGGCGGUGCUGGACGCAGGUCCCGGUCCAGGAGCCGCUUCCCGUCCCCGCCGCGCUCCCCCUCGCAGUCCCCACCGCCCGUCUCCCGCUCGGUCGCCGGGUCCAACGCCAUCUCCGGCGCGCUCCAGGGCAUGGGCAACCUGUGCUCCCUGCUGCUCAGUCCAGCCUGGGUCCAGACCUUUGUCAUGACCUUUCUCGGCGAGUGGGGCGACCGCAGCCAGAUUGCCACCAUCGCCAUGGCCGCCGGCCAGGACUACUGGUGGGUGACUCUCGGUGCCGCCGUCGGCCACGCUAUCUGCACCGGCGUGGCUGUCAUCGGCGGCAGGGCCGUCGCUGGGCGUGUCAGCCUCAAGGUUGUCACUGUCGGUGGUGCCGUCGCUUUCCUCGUCUUUGGAUUCAUCUACUUGAUUGAGGCUGUCUGGGGCUAA